AUGGAGAUGUUUGGCUAUGAUUUUGCAAGUGUACUCUAUCAAUAUUUUGUGGAGACUAAGCAGUUGAAGAGUUUGUUGACAGAAUUCCCCAAUUAUCACGUAUACUUGGAUAAGUUUUUCAGUACUGGACGACAUGGACGAAUUUCGUGGAUUCGAGACAUUGAGGAUGGAGAUUAUACCAAGGCUAGCAAAACGCUUGCAGAUGUGGCCCUGCACAGUGAAGAUUUGAAUUCUAAUAGCAAACUUGAGCUGAGCAUUGCCAAAUUGAGUAGUUUAGCAGGCAACCCGAGUAGACAGGACGAUGAUGCGAAUGAUCUAUUGACAUCUAUCGAAGCACGAGUCGAGGUUCUGAGCAUUCAAGAGUCUGUUCUAGAACAAGUAGAAGGAUAUGCUAACGCUGAAACCGGUCUACGAUAUCAGAUUCAUUCGAAUGAUCUGAUUAGCGGUAUCAAGGACUCACCAGCUCAUGCGGAAAUUGUCAAGCGCGGCCUUUCUCGAGUAGCACAAAAGAAACAACUCACAGCAGAGGAACUUAUCGACGUGUUAACUCUUAUGGACACAACUACAAAAGAUUCUAGACUGAAUUUUUUCCGAGCUUUACAAGUUCUUAAUGUCCCUAAAGCAGUGACUCGUAAUAGGACACUGACUGAGAAGCUCAUCUGGAGACGGUUGUUAUUACGGGAUGAUUGGCAGCAAAUUGUUGAUACCAAGUUACAGUCAGACUCCAAAGUCAAGGCUAUUUCCGAGAAAACUAUUUUAUAUCAGACUUUGAAGGAAUGUGCCAUAGCUUCUGAGCAGUCGACUGGUAGCGAUGUGAGAGACAAGUUUUUAUCAGACUUGUCAACUGAGAUUGUCUUGAACCCAGCUUUAUUAGUGGACUCCGCUCUUGAUACAAGUAAGCUGAGCGAACGAUUUCCUAAACUCGACAGCCUUAAGUUGAACCAAAUUGAGUCUGAACUUGACGCUGAUACUGCUGCACUACAAAAUUUGGUCAAAAAUUUCACGCUAGGAUUUUGGACCCAAGGUAUCUACUCCACAGUCCAAGCAUCUAGAUCAACCGACAGAAUGAAUGUUGAUUAG